AUGAGUGUUGGAGUUCUUUUCAAGUGCUUGGAACAUGCCAAUGCGCAAAAAAUGUUAAGCAGAGAGAAGAGCAGCCUGAAGAGGGAGAACCAGAGCAGCGUGUCCCAGUUCCUCCUCCUGGGGCUCCCCAUCUGGCCAGAGCAGCAGGGCGUGUUCUUCACCCUGUUCCUGGGCAUGUACCUGACCACGGUGCUGGGGAACCUGCUCAUCGUCCUGCUCAUCAGGCUGGACUCUCGCCUCCACAUCCCCAUGUACUUCUUCCUCAGCCACCUGGCCCUCACUGAUGUCUCCUUUUCAUCUGUCACUGUCCCAAGGAUGUUAAUAAGCAUGCAGAGUCAAAAUCAAUCCGUCCUCCAUGCAGGGUGCAUAACACAGAUGUAUUUUUUCAUAUUUUUCAUUGAUCUGGACAAUUUCCUUCUCACUUCAAUGGCUUAUGACCGGUAUACAGCCAUCUGUCAUCCCCUCCACUACACCACCAUCAUGAGACAGGGACAGUGUACCUUACUAGUAGCUGUGUCCUGCAUCCUCUCUUGUACCAAUGCGUUGUCUCACACCCUCCUCCUGGCUCAACUGUCCUUUUGUGCUGACAACACUAUCCUCCAUUUCUUCUGUGACCUUGCUGCCCUGCUCAAGCUCUCGUGCUCAGACACCUCCCUCAAUGAGCUGGUCAUUUUCACAGUGGGAGUAGCAGUUAUUACUCUACCAUUAAUAUGCCUCUUGAUCUCUUAUGGACGCAUUGGGGCCACCAUUCUGAAGGUUCCAUCUACCAAUGGGACCUGCAAAGCCUUAUUCCACCUGUGGCUCUCACCUCUCUGUCAUAUCUCUUCAUUAUGGCACAAUUAUUGGGCUGUAUUUUUUUCCCUCAUCCAGAAACUCCAGUAA